UCAGCUACAAUGCUGGGAUUAGCGCGUGCGAGAAGGGCGAGCAGUGGCAGCGGGCCCUGGCGCUGCUGAGCGAAAUUUGGGAGGCGAAGCUGAAGCCCACCGUCAUCAGCUACAGCGCUGCGAUCAGUGCGUGCGCGAGUGGCGAGCAGUGGCAGCAGGCCCUAUGCGGGAGGCGAAGCUGGAGCCCAACGUCAUCAGCUACAGUGCUGGGAUCAGCGCGUGCAAGAAGGGCCGACAGUGGCAGCGGGUCCUGGCGCUGCUGA